UGUUCAGCUCGCUUUGGUCCGGCUUCCUGUGGAAAUUCUGUAAUUCUGACAUUAAUGCUUUGUUUAUUCUGCGUUCUAGGGUUGGGAGGCUAGUAGAUUCGCUGUUCUGGACGAUGGUGAAUACCGGUGAUUGAAUAUGCAGCAGGAGGAGUGAAAAGAGAAUUGGAGUUGAGUUUUAAAUGGGAAAUCUGAUGGGUAGCCUGAGGUACAAGGAGCCAAGCACAGUGGAGGAAUGCGACUCGACCUGGGAGACAGACUCCGAUCCCGAGGAGCUGCAGCCGGUAGACGACAACAACAUGACGGCGGAAGAUAGACUAGCGAACUCCUCCAGAUGUGGAGAUGAAGAAAAUCUAACUUCACAUCAGUUCACUGAUGCACGGGAGUCUGCUACUAAGUUGAAAAGAAGUUAUUAUGCUGCAAAGGAUUUGUAUAAGUAUCGUCACAGCUACCCGAACUACAAGAAGCCCAGACAGCCCAGUGAAUUUCGCAACCUGAGGUUCUAUCUGAACAAAAUUCCCCUGGUUCCUGAUGGCAUUUUUGUUGAAGAAAUUCUCAACAAGUGGAAAGGUGACUAUGAAAAGCUGGAGCAUAACCACACCUAUAUACAAUGGCUUUUUCCAUUGAGAGAACAAGGCUUGAAUUUUCAUGCCCAAGAACUAGCUCAAGAUGAGAUCAAGGAAUUUCAAAAUACCAGGGAAGCCAAAAGACGCUUUCUUCUGGCAUACACUGUGAUGCUGGAUUUCUUUGGAAUUAAGCUCCUGGACAAGAAUGGAAAUGUGGCUCGUGCUGCAAACUGGCAGGACAGGUUUCAGCACUUGAAUGAAUCACAACACAAUUAUUUACGAAUCACUCGCAUUCUGAAGAGCCUGGGUGAACUUGGAUUUGAGAGCUUCAAACCUCCACUAGUCAAACUGCUUCUGGAAGAAGCACUGGUAGAGGAGACAAUCCCAAAUAUGAAACAUAGUGCCCUGGAGUAUUUUGUGUACACCAUCAGAGAUAGAAAGGAGAGAAGGACCCUUCUGCGCUUUGCCCAGCUGUACUAUCGCCCUGCUGAUCAAUUCAUCUGGGGGCCUCCAAUGAAGAGGAAUCCUGGAGGCAGGGCUUGCUCAACACAAGACAAAAGUGCAGUUCAAUCAAAACCAGUAAAAGGGGCUUCUGCUAGCAGCCCUUCUUCACAAUCUAAUAGUGACAAAGCAGAAGAUAACAGGAGUGACAAGACAGAAGACAGAAACCAGAGAAUUGCAGAAAUCCAGGGGAGUACAGAUGGACCCCUUUCUAUAACAGAAGAGACGCCAGUUUCUGAGGAAGACAGGGAUAGUCAGGAGGGCAAAGUAGCUGCUGAAAAUAGAGCAAAACAGUCAAACAGCUGUAAGAUAAAACCACAGUUUGAGGGAAAAGUAGAGAACAAAAUUAGAAAGGACAGAAAUGAGUACAUAGACCCAAUUUCUAAACAUUAUUAGGGACUUUGGAAGAUUUCCUUUCUCUACAACAAUGCGAUGACUGUAGCAAUAUUUUGUGAAAUGGCUUGUGAAAAGUAUAAAAAAGGCAAAUGAAUACCAUUGGAAACCAUUGGAUCUUUUGGGAUUCUAAAAUUCACCUUUAUGUUUUUGUUACAUAUUGAAAUGUUAGUUUUAACCUUUUGAUGUAGUUCCUUAUUGUUCAAGUCCCCAAAUCUUCUUAUCCCUCAAAAGGACCAUAGCACAUAUAUGAUAUUAAAAAGAAACCUGAAUUAAUAGAAGCUUCUGUACAAAAAGCAUGUUUUAUUAUUGAGUCUUCCAUUAUAAAGACCUGUUUGCCAUUGUUGAGAAAUGUUCCUAGUUGAUAAUUCUUCAAGCUGCUAUACAAUGUGAAGAUAUAAUCACUGUCUAUAAUAUGUUUAAGAUUUGUACUGUGGGUAUAAAUUGCAUUACAUAUUUUAAUUUAUUAUCAAUGUUUAACAGGCUUAAAUAAUUAUGGCAGUGCUCCUAGUACUGAAGCUGCUGCAUUAAUUUAACCAUGUCAUUGCAUCUGUUCAUUUGGGAGCCUAUGUCUAAAAAUAUGAAGUGCCUCCUUUUUUAUAUACUUCUCAUUUAGUGUAAAAAAGCUAUAAAAAUGGAUCUUUAACUUCUUUUACAGGUUUAAAUUCUUGAUUGGACAAAGUGUAGCAUUUUGUGACAAGAACCCUCCAUACCUAAUUCCUCCAUUUAAAAAACACAUCCGUACUCUUACUUUUAACUGAUAAAAGAAAGUAUAAAAAUAAAGUGCAAAUAAAAUUUUUGCACUUAAGAAGAAGUGGCUUCUAAUGAAAUAAGAAAGGUAUUACUGUAUGUAGAUUUGUGUUUAUACUUUUUUCUGCUAAGAUGAGAGUUUUUCAACCUGAAUUAAUCUUUCAAGCAGCCACUUUCUCAUUAUAAUCCAAAAAAUCUAAAUACUAUAGAUAUUGUUAAGGUGUAACAAUCAGACAGGCCAAAAGAUUGGUUGUUUGGUUGGUCAAUUAUAAACUGAAAAAAACUUGACAUUGUUCUACACUUGGGUGAAAUAGUUGCCUUUGUGUCCAGGGAGGUCUGGAUAAUCUAGAUGAGGUCAGGAUUUAGGAAUGUGUACUACAUAAUGGUAUUUGGAACAAUAGGUUUAUUCCAUACCGAAAAGAAAGAAAACAACAUUUCAGCUGUGGAGCCUUCUUCGGGUGUUCUUUCU